UGUAGUUCUUUAUCAGAAUUCAGUGGAUACCAUUCAGUACUUUAGAUUGAUAUUUCUAACCAUGUACUUUCAUAUACUGGUAACAAUCCUGUCAUUAUCCAGAGCUGCAAUCUCAGCUCCAUCACUAGAUUUGGAAGGCGUGCCAGUAUCUGUCAACAGUGGCUUCAUCAACAGGGGUGUCCAAGGCUACGGGGGUUUCCAAGGCUACGGGGGUGUCCAGAGCUACGGGGGUGUCCAGGGCUACGGGGGUGUCCAUGGCUACGGGUCCCUCCACGGCCAUGGCACUCUCCAUGGACACCAUCACUACCCACCUCAAAUCAACAGAUAUGAAGGGUUAUCCAGCAUUUACGCACCAGGGAGGCAGAUCCCUUAUAUCCCUUAUGUUUACCAAACACCAUCCCUAGUCUCCCCUGGGUUUGGAACUCUCUCUAGGACUGGUUAUAGAAAUCGUAUAGUUCCACAAAGACUAGUUUCCCAAAGCUACCAGAUGUACAACUCUCCUGAUUCCUGUUCAGCUCAAUAUGAGACUGUUACGCCUAUCUCAUCCAAUUAUUAUUAUAAUGUCCCUUUUUUAGAGAUUAUUGAUACCUACAAAAUUUACAAUAACAUUUCUAAAGCAAUAAUUGAGAAAAAAAAGUCAGAUGGAUUUUUCUUUGACUCUAGUAUGAAAAUCGAUAAUGAAGAAAAGCAUGAUAGCUUAGAAGAACAAGUAACAAACAAUGAAAAGACAGAACCGGUUCUUCAGCUGACUUAUCUUGGUUAUGUUCCUCAAUCAUCUUUCAGAGGUGCUUUACAAUCAGAGAGAGAUCCGGAGCCCAAACAAACUAUUCCAUUUUACAUGCUUGACUAUGACGACAAUACUCCAGAAACUCCCAGAAGUAGUUCUGGUUAUGUUCCUGCGUAUGUUUCUCCAGUAAGGUUACACUCUCCAGUAGUUUACCAUGGUAGGAGUGUCAUGAGGCCUGCUUGGUUAUUAGCCUCCAGUAUGUCACAUGUGUCAGGACUACCAGGAUCUGCUUAUAGAUCCUCAACAUUGAAUGAUCAAUCUGGGUACUACUUGAUUGAUGUGAAGCCUGUGGCAAGUGAUGUAUUGCAUGAGCCUAUGCUUGGUGCACCGCGGCCAACUCUCUUUCCGUUGAUACAAACAUUAACUGGUCCGAUUGGAGGUCUGAUUGACGGAUUGGUACAGCCAAUUUCUAGAGGACCCAAUACAAACACCCAACCACAAAUAGGAAGACAAAAUGCAAAUCAAGAAAAACUUAGCUAUAAACCUGUUUAUAAACCUCCAUCUGAACACAACACUUCCCAAUCUAAAGAAGAAUCUCCAGCGGAAAAUCAUUAUGAGAAUGAGAAUGGACAACAAGAACUCAACAAUGAAUUUGGCUCACAGUACUUUGGAUCCAGAGAAUUUCAAGACAACUUGGUAAGACAUUUGAUUGUAGUCAGGAACAAACCCUAACAUAUAUUUCCUACGUCUAUCACAAGUAAUAAACAAC